AUGCCGCCAAAGGGAUGGAGAAAAGAUGCUCAGGGGAACUACCCAAGCACAUCAUACAUGAAGGAACAAGAAAAUGUUACAAUCGAAGAUUUGUUGUUCCCACGUAGUGUUAUCACCAGUCUUGCAAAAGAAGUUGUACAAUUAGGACAAACUGAUUCCGAAGUGGAGAAACGUCUAGUGAUUAAUAAGGAUGCUGCAAUUGCGUUACAACGUAGCGCUACUAUAUUUGUGAAUCACCUUUUAUUAUUUGCUAGAGAAAUCGCUAGAGAACAAAAUAGACGUAGUUGUAAUGUGGAUGAUAUUUUAGCUUCAGUGGAAUACAUUGGAUUACCUGGUUUAAGAAAUAUUAUUAUGGAUAAAAUGUCAGAUUAUCAAGAAGCGCAACGUAUCUUGACUGCUCAAAGACAACAACAAAAGACAACUGAUGAAGAUAAGGACUCGAACGACAAAGAACAGGAAGAAGAAGAAAUAGAAGAAGGAGACACCCCUACCAAGAAAUUGAAAACUGUAGAGUCUCAACAAGACGAACCUAAUACAACUACAAACACAGAAUCUGAAAUAGCAACAGAGACAGAACAGUCUCGGGAACCAACAUCAACAGUUGAGCCAAGUAUAUGA